AUGUACAAUACUGAAAGACGACCAUCUAUGGCAGAACGCAGGCCAUCUAUUAUUGCUUCAUCUGCCCAGUAUUCAUCUAGCUCUCUAGUGGUGCCUCACUUGGCUGGUAUCGAAGAUCCUUUACCUGAUACUACUCCAGAUAAGGUUGACGUACUCAUUGCAGGCACAGGUAUGGUAGAAAGUGUUCUUGCCGCAGCAUUGGCUUGGCAAGGUUCUAGUGUCCUACAUAUUGAUCAAAAUGAUUACUAUGGUGAUACUUCUGCUACCCUCACUGUGGAUCAACUUAAGAGAUGGGUCUCUCAAAUAAAUGAAACUAUGUUACCCUGUUAUUCAAAUGCCAAAUUAUAUGUGUCAAACGCAAUUGGGAAUGAUAAUCGCAAAUAUAUUUCUAGAGAUUUUGGUAUAGACUUGUCUCCAAAGUUUUUGUUUGCCAAAUCUGAUUUGUUAUCUAUCUUAGUGAAGUCGAGAGUUCAUCAAUAUUUGGAAUUUCAAUCAUUAUCUACUUUCCACACUUAUGAGAAUGAUUCUUUUGAAAAAUUGACUAAUACAAAACAAGAAAUAUUUACAAAUCAAAAUUUACCAUUAAUGACAAAACGAAAUCUAAUGAGAUUCAUUAAAUUUGUGCUUGACUGGGAAAAACAUCCACAAAUUUGGGAACCUUAUGCAACUAAAUCAAUAACGGAAUUUCUAAUUGAGAAGUUUAAUUUAGAACCUGCACAAGUAAACGAAUUGAUCUUUUCCAUUGGUCUUUGUUAUACGGCAGAUACUAAAGUUCCCCAUGCUUUACAAAGAAUUCGUCGCUAUUUAAUUAGUUUUGAUGUGUAUGGACCUUUUCCAGUAUUAUAUUCAAAGUUUGGUGGACCAGGUGAAUUGUCGCAAGGUUUUUGUAGAUCUGCUGCAGUUGCUGGAGCAACAUAUAAAUUGAACGAAAAAUUACAAUCUUUCGACCCAACGACAAAAGUUGCUACUUUUACAGAUGGCUCAAAGGUUAUGGUAAGUGAGAAAGUUAUCAUGUCUCCAACGCAAGCACCAAGAUCUCAUAAACAUGUCCCUAAACAAAAUUUUGAAAUUCAUAGACUUACAUGUGUGGUAGAAAAAUCAUGUUCUGAAUGGUUCACAAAUAAUGAAUCUGGUGCAGUUAUUGUAUUUCCGCCGGGAUCAUUAAAAUCUGGUAAUAAAAGAGUUGUUCAAGCUUUAAUUCUUGGUUCUGGAUCUGAGUGCUGUCCUAGUGGUACCUGCAUUUGGUAUUUAUCAACGACUGAGCAAGGAGACCGCGCUGAAAUGGAUCUUGAUGCAGCAUUGGAAGCCAUGGAAAUAAGUAUUAUAAGAGAGUCAUCUACUGAUAUUGUAAAUGAUGAAGAUAUCGUACAAAUAACUGACAACGGACAAACGGUAGUCAAUUCUGUGAAAUUAGGACAAUCAUUCAGAGAAUAUUAUCCAAGAGAGCCAGUUCAGCAUUUGUUAAAAUUAUAUUACACGCAGCAUACUUCUACACCACCGUUUGAUAUUGUUGCGCCAUCAUUAUUUGAAAAUGAAACAACAAUUCGUGCUAACAAGUUAAACAAGUUUACAGCUGAAGCAGGGGAUAACGGUGUAAUGUACACUGCUAUGCCAUCUACUGAAAUAUCUUACGAUGAAGUAGUCACAGCAGCCAAGUUACUUUAUGAAAAGAUUGUUGGUAGUGAUGACGAUUUCUUCGAUGUUGAUUUCGAAGAUGAAGAAGAAAUGAUGAGCAAUCCACCACCUGCAAAAUAUGAGAAUGCAAUUAUAGAUGACGAAGAUGCAGACCAUGAUAUGGAUGCCGAUUCAAGUGAAUUUGUAGGUGAAAUGGAGAUAUGA